CGAGUCGCAAGAAGAACAUUUAGUUUCAAAACCAGGUCAAGUCGAUUAUUGUCCAAGAACCACUUACCAACUCCACAAUUAUGAUAAAAAUGAAAUACCUUUGGUUUUUAAUAUCUUUUUUCUUCGUGAAUAUUAUGGCAAAUGAUCUAUCGGAUUAUAAAGAGUGUGUUUGGAAUAUAACUGAUUUCAUCAGGCAAGCAUAUGAGAAGAGAAAUGUAACUGUAGGAGGUAUAUCUAGAGCAAAUGGAUUAGAGCAUAUAAUUGAAAUAAUGGUUGAUGAUGUCAAUAGUAUUUACAAGGAUUUCCGCAAAAUUAAUUGUUUAAUCGCUGUACCGGAACGACCGAACAUGAUCUUUAAAGUACCAGGACCCUACUAUUCUAACAUAUUGAAAAAAGCUAAGCAUUUCCACGAUGUAAUGCUAAAACAAAUGUCAUCUAAAUUAGGAAUUAAAUUGUAUGAAGUAAGAUACCAAAUUUGGGGAACAUUGAAAACCCUUGGAGACGAUAGAAGAGAUUAUGUUAUUCCAGCUUUAAACAAUAUAAUCACGCGUAUAUUAGGUGAACCUGUGCAGAAUGAUGUUGCUUUUACAUUACGGCUGUGUCGUUUCAUGGGAUUAUAUUUGAGUACACAUCUUCCAAAUGCAUACAUAAAAAAAAUUCAGAUUGAACCGAUUUUUGGUACUUGUAUCCUACGGGAUAUAAAUAAAACCAACAGGAGAUACGGGAAAAUUGGUGACGUAUGGUCAGAAUUAAGCUUAGAGGAUGUGAACGUUCCAGUACAGUCAAUUGAGCAACAGUUAAGACUUGGAUUUCCACAAGUUAAGCACUCAUCAGUUGAAAGUGUAAAUUCCUUAGAAAAAUUAAAUGAUUAUUACGCCCUGACAGCAACAAAGCCAUGGCCUUGGCACCGUUUGUAA